CUUAUAUAAUACCAAAACAUGUAGAACAAAAACUCAUUUUCCAGAACAACAGAAAAGUUAUUGAGAAGAGGUUCUUUACAUUAAUGGAGUCCAUAAGAUGGAGAAAACCGAGUCUGAAACCGAUUCAAACUAAGACAAAAUUAGCCAUGGAAGAAGCUAAAGAAGAGCCAUUGAGUCCAUCAGCAAGGUUAUUUCACGAGCCCAACUUCAACGUCCAUGUUAUAGCUAUAAUGGGAAGCAAAUCAAGAAUCAAUCCUCAGGUUAUCAAAGAGAAAUUGGUCCAUACUUUGCUUAAGCAUCCUCGUUUCUCCAGCCUGCAGGUGGUGGAUGAGGAAAAAAACGGAGAAAUGAAAUGGGUCCGGACAAAGGUGGACUUAGAUAAGCACAUUGUGGUACCACAAGUAGAUGAAAAAAACCUGCAGGAAUCACCAGACAAAUUCGUGGAGAAUUAUAUUCACAACCUUAGCAAAACCACACUUGACAAGUCGAAACCUCUGUGGGAUCUCCAUCUUCUCAACGUCAAAACAUCCGAUGCUGAGGCUGUUGGCGUCUUUCGAAUCCAUCAUUCACUUGGAGAUGGCACCUCUCUUAUUUCCCUUCUGCUCGCUUGUACUCGCCAAACUGCUCAUCCAGAUAAAAUUCCAACUAUUCCAGGAAAUAAAAAGAGGCCUAUUAAUUCUUCCGACUCCAAGGGAUUGUGGCCGUAUGUUGCAAAAGCUUGGUCAUUUAUGAGAUUGUUUUGGAACACAAUAGUGGAUGUGUUGAUGUUUAUGGCCACGACUAUGUUUUUGAAGGACACAAGUACGCCAAUUAAGGGUAAGCCUGGUUCUGAGUUUAAUCCUAGGCGAUUUGUGUACAGGACAGUAAGUCUUGACGAUUUGAAGUUGGUGAAAAAUGCAUUGAAUAUGACAAUAAAUGAUGUCGCUCUGGGAGUAACACAAGCUGGUUUAUCUGUGUAUCUUAAUAGGAGAUUUCGUGAGGGUAAGAAAGACAAGGGAGCAACAGAGAAAAACAAUAAUCUUCCCAAGAAUAUUAGACUCAGAUCAACUCUUCUUGUAAACUUAAGACCGUCAACUGGAAUUCAGGCUUUAGCUGAUAUGAUGGACAAGGACACUGAGGCAAAGUGGGGGAAUUGGAUUGGAUUUGUUCUUCUACCCUUUAAGAUCGUAUUACGAGAUGAUCCCUUAGAUUAUAUCAGAGAAGCUAAGGCAACCAUUGAUCGUAAGAAAAACUCUCUUGAAGCAAUCUAUACAUUUUCCAUUUCAGAAUUAGCACUCAGAUUUUUUGGGAUAAAGACAUCAAGCUCAAUAUCGCACAGAAUUAUCACCAAUACAACAAUGUGUUUCUCCAAUUUGGUCGGCCCCCAAGAAGAAAUUGGCUUCUAUGGGCACCCUAUGGCUUACCUUGCACCUAGUUCUUAUGGGCAACCUCACGCGCUGAUGAUUAAUUUCCAGAGCUAUACAAACAAGAUGACGAUAGUUCUAUCAGUAGACGAAAGUGUGAUUCCUGAUCCGCAUAAAUUAUUGGACGAUCUUGAACAAUCUCUAAAGCUUAUCAAGGAUGCUGUGGUAGAGAGAGGCCUUUGCUAUAAAUAAAAUGUAUUUGACACGAUAUAUCAUAUCUUUAGUUUGCUCUUCUAGUUUUAUGGCUCAAAACGUCGCGUUGACAAUAAGACAAGUAUAAUAAAACUUAUCGGCGUUACCACAA